AUGAAUCCUGCUACCGUCGAUGAAUCUUCAAGCACACGGCGUCCAUGGUGGCAAAACAAAUACGUAAUAUACGACAUUGUCGUGAACGUGUUCUUGAUAGGCGUCAAUGUUGCAACCUUCUUGUCUAUAAGACAUAACAAGAUUCCCUUAGUUUUAAGAAAAGAACAUACGAUCGAGUGGUUUGUGGCUUAUUACUGCAUAGCAAGCAUCGCUGGUGUGGCUACAUCGGUCUACAUGUUCAAGAACAUCCCAGAGCGUCCCUUCGAAGGCGGUGUCAUGGGUGUUGCUCAUAUCUGUGGCGAUUUAUUACUCAUACUCUUCCUCUGUUCUAUUUCUGUAACCCUUGCUCUUGUUUUUGGUAUACCUACUUUGUUAUGGUUUAUUUUAUUCUUUUGUUACUCUUUGAAACCUUAA